AUGAAAAUUAACAAAUAAAUGCAAAAUGCAUAAUGGAAAAUGUUUGAAUGUGAUCUUAUUAAUUAAGAGUUUGAAGAAUAACAAAGUAUAAUAGUACCAAAAUUUCCAAAAUUUAAAAAACCAACGUUUAAUAAAUUGUAAAUAGUGACUAAUGUUUCAUACAGAAUUAACGUCUGUUCCCCUUCAAAAUUAGAUGAUACUGUAUCAAUUAGUACAAAGAAAUCAACUACAAAUGUAUAACUAUUUAAAUAAAUUAUAUAGAGUUAAGGUGGAAGCUACAAUUAUAUAGUUAACCAUUACAUUUAAUAAAUUAAAGAUCAUAUUAAUAGGAGUAAUAGGUAAAAAGUGUAAAAUUUAAUAUAUUAGAUAAGAAUUAGAAUCUUAAAUUAUUAGAAAUUUGAUAUCUUAAAAAGCAUAAGCAAUAUAUAUGUUAGAUAUCAAAUGGGCAGCCAACUAUACAUAAUAUCUAUAAAAUUAAUAAUCAAAUAUUCCCCUUUAAAUAACUAAUAAUAAUCUAUUUAUUGAUGGUGAUAUUCGCAAUACCUAUAGAUAAAACUUAAAAUAAGAUUUAGAUUUUGUAUUGAUGAAUCGUAACACUUGGUAAUUUUUAAUUGCAAUUUAUGGUGGAGGACCUGAAAUUAAUUUUAAUGAUUAUUUGGGAAUAAGUAAUGAAUCUUAAAAUAAUUCAAGAGAGGGUUCUUUAUAAAAUAUAGAUAUUAGCAUAAAUAAUAGUUAGACAUUUUAAAAAUAAAAAUUUACUUUACCUGCAAUAGGUUUAUAUAAUGAAAAUAAUUAUUGUUUUAUGCAUGCAGCAAUUUAAAGCUUAUUAUCAAUUGAAUAGUUGACUUGUUGGGUUACAAUAGAAGGGAAAACAAAAAAAUAGGAAGAUUAUAAAUGGGUUCAAUCUUACUAUUAAAUAAUUGAUCAAAUAUAAAAUUGUAAGAAGGGAGAGAAUAUAAAAAUUGAUAUGUUAAAAAAAUUAAUAAAGAAUCAAUUUGCUCCUAAUUUAUAGCAUGAUUGUUAAGAGUUUUUAUGUUAUUUGACUGAAUAAUUAAACAAAGAAUUAAAGCAAAAUAAAUACGAUUAAGCAAUAACAGAAAUUCUAUUUUAAGGAUAAAUGAUGUAAUAAAUUUAGUGUCAUAAAUGUAAAUAAAUUUCUACAAAAUUUGAAUCAUUUUUUGAAUUAUCUUUAUCAAUGAAUAAUAUGAAGGGAUUAAAAUAAUGUUUAAGUCAAUUUUUUGCAAAAGAAGUAUUGGAAGACGAUUAUAUGUGUAAUCAAUGCAAUGGAACAACAAAAGCAAUAAAGAAAUAUUUAAUAGGCACUGCACCAUAAUUUCUAAUAAUUCAUUUAAAACGAUUUUAAGAGAAGAAGUUACAUAAUUAAAUUGAAUUCUAAAAUAAUUUAGAUAUCUCUGAAUUUUGUUCUGUAAAAGCAAAGUAUAAAUUGAAAUCUGUGAUUGUACAUUAUGGAACAUAAGAAAAAGGUCAUUAUGUGAAUUUUUCAUUAAAAGGAAAUUAAGUAAAAUUUAAUAUAAAUAAAAGUGGUAUUAUUUUGAUGAUCAUCGAGUAUAACUUGCUAGAGAGUAAGAUGUACUAAGAUAAUAAGCUUAUAUUAUAUUUUUUGAAAGAUUAGAUGAUUAGUUACUAUGA